AUGCCUAGAGUUUCCAAUCAUGCUAUAUCCGAGGCACAGGAGGCCAAAAUCAGGGAACUGGGACAGAAACUGGACAUAGCAGUCGACAGUGAUACCGAGCCACUAUAUACGCUUUUUGGCAAGCUCCAAAAGCACUUGGAGACAUUUGAGAAGGAACACAGCGAACUUUUGAAGGGUUUUAAGGACAAGGAAAAGGACCUGCACAGCGUAAGACAAGAGAUUGCCGAGCUCCAAAAUCGGUUAAGGGUGUUUGAAAAGUUCAACACCGAGCUUCACAAGAGUUUUAACGAGAAGGAGGGGGAGCUGCGCAGGGUAGGACAAGAAAAAGUCGAGCUCCAAAGUCGCUUAGGGCGGGUUGAAAAGACCAACAACGAGCUCCAGAAGAGUCUUUUCGAGAAGGAGAGGGAGCUGCACAGGGUAGGACAAGAAGAAGUCCAGCUCCAAAGCCGCUUAGGGGGGUUUGAAAAGACCAACAACGAGCUCCAGAAGAGUCUUACGGAGGCUAGGAAAGUGUCUGAGCUGAACCAUGCGAAGCUCGAUGUGUCGCAGUCCGCGCUCAAAAGAUUGCAGAAUGACGUGGGUGAGGGACGGCUGCAGGCUUUCAAUGAUGACGAUAGGGAAGAACUACGGAAUGAUUUCGAGGCGUUGUCCAAGGAUUGUGAAGACGUGGUCUCUCUGUUUCUCCCUCGCACAGGCAAGGUGUUGUACGAUCCUCGCGACUUUUUGACGCACCCAGUUACCGAGAAGAUCCCCUUGCCUCCCAUUCAGAACGGGAAUAUCCAACUGGAUUCAAGUACAUAUCCGAGUACCACACAUUUGUACCGCGCUGCUGUCCGAGUUCGCCUCGUGGACGCUCUGAUCAAAUUCGUCUUCUGCUCGUUUUACAUCCCCGAAAGCGUCAAGCAGUCUGCUGAGAAUGUGCUCAGCCACCUCUCUGGACGAGGCGGACGAUCCAUGGUCAUAUUCCGAUGUCUGAUUCUCGGAUUGACUGGCACUGAUAGUUCCGUCCGGGAUUCUGUGGUGGAGCGGGCUUUGGACAGCAUCUAUGGAUGGUUGUUACCUCUGGUAGCGCCAACACACAUUGCCGACUUGAAGGACAGGGUCCGGGUGUUAUUCCAGAGGGCAUUUGAGAUCUGGUGCCGUGCACAGAUAUCCAAAGACCACAUAUCGACCGAGUCCCUAUCUUCGGAGCCCAAUUUUUACGGCGAGAAUCCGCCUCGGGAAUGGGACGAGCUUGGCAGAAACACACAGAGCCGAACCGGUUUGACUCGGAAGCCCUCACCAACUGCAGGCCCUAUUAUUGCUACGCUUUUUCCACGGAUAGUCGAUGACGCCGGUGCAAUUUUCCACCCAGGAAUUGGCCUUUGGUACGAUCAAGCUGUGGGUCACACGGCAAGCAAUGAGAUCAACGUCGCCUCUGCGUCCCAACGGUUCCAGCAGUAUUACUGCUCUGGGUUCCGAAUUUCACCCGCGAAGACAUAG